CUCUACCCGAUUAACGGGAGUGCCACGGUGGUGCGGGAGGGUCUGUCGCCCUCCCUGGUGCAGGACAUCAGGAACUACUUCCAGGUCAGCCCAGAGUACUUCUCCAUGCUGCUGGUGGGCAAGGAUGGCAACGUCAAGUCCUGGUACCCCUCGCCCAUGUGGUCCAUGGCCAUCAUCUACGAGCUGGUGGACUCCAUGCAGCUGCGGCGGCAGGAGAUGGCCAUCCAGCAGUCGCUGGGCAUGCGCUGCCCUGAGGACGAGUACGGUGGCUACGGCUACCACCAGCAUGGCUACGAGGAAGGCUAUCACCAGGGUUACCGUUACUAAGGACAACGGUUACUGGAAAGUGUGUUUGCGUGUGUGCGUGUGUGUGUGUGUGUGUGAGUUUCCCCUGCUCGACACAUAAUGGCCGAUGCCUUCAAACGCUUCCCCUUGGUCAGGAAGGGAGUUAUGUUGGGAGUGGAGUCCUUGUAUGUCCUUUGUUUUUUUUAGCACUUAGUGGAGGCUUUCUGCUGCUUUCACAUACCCUCGGUUAUUUUAUCCUCGUAUGCAAGAAAAGCAAUUUAAGGAUCAGGAUGAAGUUUUAUACAAAACAUUAGAAACAGGUGUAUAGAUUAAACUUGGGUUUCUGAUAUGUAGCUCUUGACUUUGUUUUGGUUUAUUGCUGUCAUGUUUUGCACGUUUUAUGGUCUGUCAUAACUAACUUCAGGGCAGAAUUGACAUGGUCACUAUAUCACUAUUCAGAACUAGUUAACUUCUAGAUGCUAUAUAUGUAGGCCUAUUUAUUGGACAUGUGUUGAGGUACAAGAGAACACAUGAUUGAACAAAUGGUGAAAAUGUAACACAUGAUUUUACUAUUAUACUGUUCAAACUGCUACAAAGUAUAAUAUAUAAGAUAUUGCUUUUACGCUGAAGACACUUUCCUUCACUUCCAAUUGAGAUUGACUGCCAAUUGAGUAAAUUGUCAAAAUGUGUUGGUUUAUUAUGCCACCUAGUGGUAAAAAUGAAUACAAGUUCACUUUCUUUUCAAAUUGUCUUUCAUAUGGAUCUAAACAUAGUAGUAUAAUUUGAAUGAAACUUAUAAAAACGUGGUUUUGACAGUA